AUGUCGAACUCGAAGCUCUUUCAACCAAUUACCGUGGGAAACGCGAAACUUGAGCAUAGAGUUGUACUUGCACCGCUCUCUCGCUUCCGUUGGACCCAGCGAGAACAUUUACCUGUCUUCCCUAUCGUCAAUACAUACUAUGAGCAGCGUUCCCGCCGACCUGGUACCCUCUUGAUCACGGAGGCAACACCUGUUGCACGUCACGCUGGAGGAUAUUAUAACGUCCCUGGGAUAUGGAACCAGGAUCAGAUCAACGGUUGGAAAUCGAUAUGGGCUCAUGGACGCGCGGCGGACCCCAAGGUGUUGGCGGAAGAUGGUUUUGACUUCGUAGCGCCCUCUCCCAUUCCCAUCACCGGACGCGCUACUCCAAGAGAGCUGACCAUACAAGAGAUAGAGAAAUACCCGGGACUCUUUGCGAAAGCUGCGAAGAAUGCCGUUGAGGCUGGCUUUGAUGGCGUAGAGAUUCACAACGCCAACGGGUACCUUCUCGACCAAUUUGUCCAGGACGUCAGUAAUCAUCGUACGGACAAGUAUGGAGGAAAUAUAGAAAAUAGAAACAGACUUUCUCUUAUGGUUGUCGACGCUGUCGUCGAUGCUAUUGGUCCUGAAAAGGUUGGAAUUCGCAUAAGCCCUUGGAUGGUUUACCAAAACAUGCAUAUGAUAGAUCCGGUGCCCCAAUUCACGCAUCUGGUUGAAUCUAUCGUCAAUAAACAUCCGGAUAUGGCUUACCUCCAUGUUGUGGAACCAGACAAAGGGGCACCUGAGACGGAAUCCAAUGACUUUCUACGCGAUAUUUGGGCUCCACGACCAUUUAUAAGCUGUGGAGACUACACCCGCGAGACGGCUAUCAAACGUGCAGACGAGACAGGAAAUUUGAUUGCCUUUGGAAGGUACUUUAUCUCAAAUCCCGAUCUUCCCACUAGGAUUGAACAUAACAUACCUUUUAACGAAUAUGAUCGUAAGACCUUUUAUGGACCGAAAGGACACCUCCUCGGAGCGGAAGCGGGAUACAUAGAUUACCCAUUCGCAGACGAGAAGCAUGAGAAAAAGAGGGGAAAUAAUACGGGAGAAGAUUGGGAUGUCAUUUAUAGAGCGUAA